AUGGAUGAUGUGGUUUGGACCAGCUUUGACAACGUUCUGGUCCAGAUUGCUGUCGAGAUAGGAAAAACUCGCAGUGCUAAGAAACAAGUGGAUCAUCAGAUAAAUUUGUGCACUACAAAAAUCACAGAAGAAGAGAAUCAAAUUGCUUGGUUGGAGGAAAAUAUAAAAAAAGAUAAAGAGGAACUUGCUGAUCUGCAAAAGCAAAAUGAGGUCAUCAAGAAGAGCUGUGAUGUCUGGAAGCCUACCUAUACAGUUCUUAAAAAGCAUGAAGCAUAUUUGAAAAAUGAAAUUGCAGUUGUAAAGGAAGAUAUAGAAAAUGAGAGGGAAAUAUAUGAGAAUUCCAUAGCCCAGUGUAGAAAGACUUUGGAGGAAUACCGCACAAAAUAUAAAGAUUCUGCUCUUGCCCAGGAGUAUUACAAAAAAAAGGAAGAAGUUGAAGAAAUCCAAAAGAGAGCUUUGGAAUGGCUUAAAAAAUGCAAAUGGAAAGAAGAUACUUCCUUGGAUGCUCUGGAGUCUUUUCCUUUGACAUCCAUAAAUGCUUGGGCUGUAUACAUUGCCUCUGUGAGGAAAAAAGCACAGGAAACCAUGGAGCUUGUUGAAGCUACUGUGCAGGAAACCAUCAAACUGGAAAAAGAAGCAGAAGAAUUGCCAAAGAAAAUUGACUACUUAAAAAAGACCUUCGAAGAGGCUAAAGAAAAGCAAAACAAUUCCCAAAAGAUUGAAGAAAAAAGUCAGAAAAGUCUUGAGAAGCCAGAAGAGUUUAAAGAAAGGGUGUUUGGAAAGCGUCAACAGCCAUCUUUGCCAAAGGAGAGACGUCAGCUGCAUAAAAUAUUACCUGUCCCCUGCAUUCCUCAGAAAUUUGUCCAGUCUGUACAGGGUUUUAGAUUCUCAAAGCCACGACCAGAAACAGGUGUAGUGUGUUCAAUGACUUCAGUGAACAUUUUGGGUUAUUUUUGUGGAAAAUUUGCAAAUUUAGGGAGAAAAGAAAAAGAGAAACCAGUGGAACUUUCAGUGCCCACCAGCUGUUCCUCCAGCCUUGCAGAUAAUUUAUCAGAGAUGGCUACUGGCACUGCAGGGACUAAAAAGUCACAAACUACCCCAGUUCCAUCAAUAGUGAGCAAACAAAACCAAGUGAAAUUCAGACUGCCAGAUCCUCCAAAGCAAAUGACUUCCAAUCAACAGUUUGAGACUGAAAAUGCAGUAAUAGCAAGACAAGAAGCCAAACAUGUUGAUGAAAAAGCAGAUGAGGCCAUGGACUGCUUGUAUGUACCUCAAGGUGUGCACACAGCUUUUAAGCCAAAUGAAGACAAUCCCGACAUAGCAGAAAAAAGUGCAGAACCUUUCUUAAGAGCACCUAAAACACCUGACUUGAAGGGGAAACACCCACACUUCUCAAAAACACCUCCCUUUGACUUCAUGAAAAAUUUAGGUUGUGAAGAAGCAGAAUCAAAAUCUCCUGCUUUCUUUUCUGCCAUGAACUUCUCCCAGAAGUCACCUGGCUUUAAUUUGUUUGAUUCUUCUCUGUUUGGAGCACAAAAUUCAUCUGAUGAGACAGAGGAAAGUUUUUCUGUGGGAAACCUGGGCUCUGUGUCCCCACAGAAACAUACUGGAAACUUCUUUGGGAAGUCAGAAAAUGAGGAUGCAUUUACCUUUCCCUUCCUCUCAGAAUCAACUUCUCAUGCAUUUGGAGAUGGAAAAGAUGAUGUUGGUUUUUCAUUUGCAUUUGGACAGGAUCAGAGAUCACCAGAGUCUCCUUCUAUGGGAGGUUUUCAUUCUAGCACACAAAGUACAAAGCCAUUUUCACUCUUUUGAAUACCUUUGACUUCCUUUUAAAUUCUUGUUCUACUUAGCCUUGACAAAUGUUUCCAGUUUCUUGAGUUAAA